CAUUACCCUAAUUGCAAGGUAACUGCAAAUGGGAUUUGCUUUCUCGUUUCUACUGCCCACAAUUUCAGGACAACUAACUCCAAAGAACGUAUCCACCUGUCCAUUCUUUAGGACCUCCCAGUGCGCCUGCUUGCCGGGAGGGCAAGGGUCGCCCCAGCCCAGGCAGCUAGGCCGGAGACGCUUCUUUACUUGCGUUAUCAGAGGCAGCACGUCCAGCUUGACAAACCGCAGGCGGCUCCCGAUAGGGAAGCGCGUGGGCGCCAAUCUAGGAGACCAAACCCGCCUCACCGCGGCAGCCAGCCCGACCCCAUCCGCGAGUCUUUUCUCCCCCGAGGUCCUUCGCGGAGCCCAGGAAGCCUACCAGCGCCGAGAGAGCGCCCCUGAAAGGGUGCAGCGGGCAGGUUCGGACCCGCGGCACAUCACGCGGUGGCGAGUGUGCGCCCUGAGCCUCCACCUCCGAGCAGUCGCCGGAUUGCAGCCUCACUCGGCGCAAGGAACUGCCCAGCCCCGGCUCUCUCGAUUGGGAGAAGCUGUGCAGGUCGGUAGCGAGGCCGGCGAGCUCGCCCACUCAUCUCGGCCCACUCCGUCGUCCUGGGCUUUCGAAGAUGUCCGCCAAGCCCGAGGUCGGCUUCGUGAAAGAGGCUUCUCGCCAGAUCCUGGCCGGUGGUUCCGCUGCCCUGUUAAGAAUCAUAGCUAUCAGAGAAGCCAGAAGGGCAGAAGAGUAAUUCAGAACCCUGAAGAACACCAGGGACUUAUACAGGUAAAAAAGUACAAUCUGAGACCCAUUCUGACUAUGUGCCAACAGUUGGGAAUUGCCACACACUCUUUCAAGCUUUCAUCAUUGAGGGGGAAGAAAAGCACUAGAAGUCAAUGACAAGGAUCCAACUACAGAGGAGUGCUGACUGUUCCUACCAGCCCAUCUUUGAAAUGCCAAUGAGGAGGAGCAUAUCAUUCUGUGAUCUAGAGGAAGAGGGAACAGAAGUGGUAAACCCUUGUGUAAGUUUGAGAUUUUUAAUGAACUGAAAGAAAGCCAUUAUUGUAGCUACAAUGUAGAGGUGGGGGGGUGAGUGGUAGGACAUGGUGUUGGAGAGACUGGCAGGCAGGCCCUAUAGCUAGGGCCACCAUAUGAUUUUUGGUCUAAAUUGUAGCACUUCUAAGAGUGAAAGAGGCCACUGUUGAUUGCAUAAUACACUUAAUGGGACUGUCCCAGGAGAAUUAGGAUGACUAGUCACCCUACUUAAAGGAUAUGGUAUACAGUUGUGUUUUAACUACACAUAGAAUCCAACUCAAGGACAGCUAUUAUGAGGGCUAGAAAGUCUUUAAUUCAAGUGAGCAAUAAUCUGACCUUACACCAUUAGAGUAUUAUGAAUUAGGAGGACUGAACAGUGUGUAUAAUGAGUGGUUUAGAUAAUGCUUAUCAAACUUUAACAUGCAUAAGACUCAUGCAGAAGCCUUGUUAAAACACAUGGCUGGCCCCACUCCCCCAAAUUAUGAUUGAAUGGGCUCUGUGUUUCUCUUUAUUAUUAUUUUUGUUGUUGUUGUUAUUUUAUUUUAGAGAGAGCACAAGUUGGGGCAGAAGGGCAGAGGGAGAGAGAGAGAGAAAAUCUUAUUUAUUUAUUUAUUUAUUUAUUUAUUUAUUAAAAAAAUUUUUUAAUGUUUUUACUUAUUUUUGAAAGAGAGAGACAGAGCAUGAGUGAGGGAGGGGCAGAAAGAGGGGGAAACACAGGAUGUCAAGCAGGCUCCAGGCUCUGAGCUGUUAGCACAGAGCCCAGUACAGGGCUUGAACUCACAAACCAUGAGAUCAUCACCUAAGCUGAAGUCGUACACUUACCCGACUGAACCACCCAGUCACCCCAUGAGAGAGAGAAAAUCUUAAGCAGGCUCUAUGCUCAGCUUGGAGCCUGACACAGGGCUCGAUCCUACAACCCUGUGAUCAUGACCUGAGCCGAAAUCAAGAGCCAGGCAUUCAACCGACUGAACCACACAGGCCCCCAAAUUGGUUCUGAUUUCUAACAAGCUCCCAGGUAUUGCUGAAACCACCAGUCCGUGGGGGACCAGACUUUGAAUAGCACUGGUUUAGACAUUAGGGAGUAGACUGUGGAGUCAGACAGACUUGGUUUGAAUUUCAACUUUCUUGGUUAUAAGCUAGGUGGCCUUGGAAAGUUACUCUUUCCACAGCUCUUUCCGUCAUCUGGUAAAAUGUGAUUAUAAUAAUCCUUGCCUUAUAUAAAUGUUGUGAAGAGUAAAUGGGAUAAAGCACUUGGCAUUGUUUCAGGCAUUAUUGUAAGCACUUAGCAUGUGUUAUUUUUGUUGUUAUUAUAGUUAGGAAGAAGAAGAAUCAUGGUGGAUUAUAUUCAUUAAAGGAAACUAUGACCAAGUUUUAGAUUCUUCAUUGUAAAUCAACCCUAGAACUACUUGCUACAACUACAUGCCCUAGAACAGUGUUCACUGCCUGGCACAUACCAGGCUCUUAAUACUUGUUGACUGGGGUGCCUGGGUGGCUAAGCAUCUAGGUGGUUAGUUAAGCAUCUGACUUUGGGUCAGGUCGUGAUCUCAUGGUUCAUGAAUUCGAGCCCCUCAUUGGGCUCUGUGCUGACAGCUUGGAGCCUGCUUCAAAUUCUGUGUCUUCCUCUCCCUCUGCCUCUUCCUGCUCACGCUCUCUCUCUCUCUCUAAAAAAUAAAUAUAAAAAAAUAACUUGUUGACUGAAUAAACAAAUUUGUGAAUUCACUUAAUAGUACUAUGUGGACUGAAGUAAUUGGUUCCCAUUACAAUACACCUCUUUUACUCUCAGAGCAUACCUUACCUGCUGAUGUUCAACACAGACAAGAGCAUAAGAAGAUUUUGUCUCUCAGAUGCAAACAAUUUGAUAUAUUAAGCUAGUUAGGAUACAUUUAAACUUGAAAUUGAUGAGACAGUUACAUUGGGAGUUUCUUGGUGUUUAGGUAUACAGUGAACUUUGGAUUUAAUAUACUGACAUCAAAUAGGAGUAGAGUAGUUGUAGAAUUAUACCCUUAAAAAAGUAAUUUUAUUUGGAUGGCUGUGCUGAAUUAUAGCUGUGUUAAACACAAAGUUACCAAAUGCCCUUUAUUUGUUAUCAUGGAAGAAAUACUACAAAAAAUAACAACUCUCAUUUCUAUAGGAAAAAUAAUAGACCAAACCACUAUAAAGAGAGGCCAAAAGAAUGGGACCUGCUAAUAUGAGAUCUGAAUGGUUUCUGUUUUGUCCAGUGGCUAUGUGAUACCUACACCAUAAACUAGGUACUUGAGGGUGGGUGGAGAAAGGAAGAAGGAAGGGAGCUCACUUUUUAAAAUAUCUGUUAUGGGUGGGGCUCCUGGGUGGCCCAAUAAGUUAAGCUUCCCACUCUUGAUUUUGGUACAGGUCAUGUUCCCAGGGUCAUGGGAUCAGGCUCCUCACCAGACAUUGAUUCUGCUUAAGAUUCUCCCUCUUUCUCUUUCUCACUCUCUCUCCUUCUUCCUUCUACCCCUCCCCCCUCAUGUUCAAGUUCUCUCUCUCAAAAUAAAUAAAUAAAUAAAUAAAUAAAUAAAUAAAUAAAUAAAUAAAUAAAAAUAUCUAUUAUGGGCUAGAUAUUUCACCAUGUGCUAGGAAAUUUACGUGCUCUACUUCAUUGCUCAGAGCCAUCAUAUGUGAUAGGUUAUCAUCACUCUCCUUUCAUUUCUGAUGAUUAAAGCUUUAAGGAGAUAAGGGAUAAAUAGAUGGGGAGCCAAGUUUCUUCUCUAGGUAUCCCUACAAAGACCACUCUUUUUUUGACUACAGCCUUUGGGAAGGGCAUUUAUAUAGAAAGCCACUGUAUGGUUUUCCAGCAGUGUGGCAGAGUUCUUAUACUAUCAGUUUCCUAGUUUAUUAGUAAUGACAACUUAGUUACUAAAGAGAUUCUAGUGUAAUAAUUGAAUACAGUUAUUCUUGCUGAAUUUAUCCAGUGUUGAUCUAAUCUAUUCCACAACUUUCUCUUCUAUGCAGCACCUUAGUUUAUAAUUUCCACUGCUAGGAUUUGAAGCAUCAGUAGUUGAGGGGCAGAAUUAAAGAGAACACUGAAAUUGUUUUAAUUCCUAAUUGUUACUAUAUUUUAUCACCCUAAGCAAUACAGAGAUAUAAAACUGCUAAGUUAAUAAUGAUUUUUGGUUUAAUAAUGUAGCUCUAUAUUAGUAGGCCUUAAGCAUAACUAAGACAAUGGGAUGAUCAUAUUCUGAUGGACGGUGGCAAGGAGCAGAACAUUGUAAGUGGACUGAGUACUGGUCCUGAGGUGCAAACACUGUGGGUGUUUGGAUGCCUUUUGUUUGGAUCAUGUCUUGUGAUUCAACUUUGCCACAACUGAGUUAUUUUCCACACUGUAUCGCUAACAUUGCAUCUUACGUCAUGUACAACUGUGACAGUGGCUACAUCUAAUGUUAUAUCUAAUAUCAGAAAAAUAUAACCAAGAGUUAGUGAGAGUUAACAUGAGCUUUUUUUUUUUAAACUGUUCUGACUAUCUUAGGUGUCAUUGUAAUGUUUGUAUAAACUCACAAUUUUUCUCAUGUUCUCCAAGUUGAAUAAGUUCACAAAAGCACUUUAGCGGCAACACAGUCAGAGUCUAUCAUUGAUGGUAGCUAUCCUUACAAUUAGAUUCAGGGGUCAAGGAGAAUAUGUAGAGUUAGUAACCAUUUAACAGCUUAAUUUAUUUAUUCUACCCAUGACUUUUAGAUUAGCCAAAGGCAAGUCUGUCUUUUGGCCCUGGCCAAGCUUAGUUGACCCUGCUACCAUCCUGUUAACUAGGCAGAAUUUGAGAAAAGUGGUGCCUAUAAAUUCUAUAAGAUGUCUUGAUUAUGGGGCAUCCAGAAUCUUAAUUGCCAUCUAGGAUGGCUCAUAUUUCCUCUGUGGUAAAUGAUAACUAUACAGCAGAUCACAUGGCCUGUUUUCCUGGUGAAGGAAGAAAUAUAUUAAUAUGUUCAUUGGUUCAAUGGGUAUUUAUUAAAAACCUCCCCAGUACCAGGUGCUGAGUAGUAGUGAAUAAGACAAACAUGGUCCCUGCCCUCAUGGAGCUGACAGUAUAGUGGAGGAGACACUGUACACAAUUACAACAGUAUAUGAGGAGCUGUGCACUAGAAUUUAGGUGUUUUACAAGCUUAGCUAUGACCUUGAUCUAAUUUAGAGUAAAGAAAGAUGACCCUAAGAAAGUGACAUUUGGAUUCGAGAUAGGCAGUGAGAACAGCAUAUUCCAGCUAAAAGCGUGGCAGGUUCUGAAGGACUAACAGCUACUUAGUGUGACUGUAAAUGGGAGUGAAACCUCAGCAGUGAAGUAGGCAUAGGCUAGAUAGUGAGAAUCUUUUAAGUUAAGCUGUUUAGACUUGGUUAAUAAGGGUGAUGAGAAAUUAAGCUAUAGUGUUGUGAUCAGGUUUAUGUUUUAUGAGUAUCACUUCAAGAAAGAUUACUCUGAGGGCUGUGUGGAUGGUAAAUGGGUUGAAUAGGAGUAAGAUCAGUGGCAAAGAGACUGGUUAGAGGGCUGUUUCAGCAGUUUGUCAGAUAUGAUGAUGAUUUUGGGGGACAGUAGAGUUGGAGAUAAAUGGUUAUUAAAGUGAUAUUGAGGAGGGCGAUUGACAACACUGGGUCACUAAUUAGAAGAGACAGAAAACUUAGAGAUCCUUCAAUUAAUGAUUUGGGUUCCAUUGGGUAGACACUUAAGCAACAUAGGGGAAACAUUUAGGUAGGGAGAGAGCAAAGGACAUGAGUUCACUUGUGAAAAAGAGGCAUUGGAGGGCUUAUGAGAUAUCAAGCAGGCUGUUGUUUAUCAGAUGAUUAUAUCAGCAAGUCCGAACAGCCCCAGAACUGGACUGGACAGAAAGAUGGGAGGGUGACCAGUGCAUGGAUGCUAUAUGAAGUUUGCAAGUCAGCGUAGUUACUUGAAGUGCAUAGAAUGAAAAAAAACAGAGGGCUUAUUACUGAUCCCCAAAGAAGUAUUGACAUUGAAAGGGUCUUUUUCAAAGUGAUGAUUUAAAGAUAAUAUUAGGUGAAAGCAUCUUAAAAAUGUUUUUAAGGAAAAGAGGAAGGCAUGUGAGCUUGAGAGUUUCCUUUCUUUUUCAGAACUGAUUUGUGAUUUCCUUCCACCUCAAGUGAAGUCAUACAUAUUCCAAAUCAGAGUCUCUUUUGUUGUGGUUAAAUUGAUUCUUGAACACAAACCAUUCUAAAACAUGCAAUGAAAAAAAAUGGAGAAUAAAGGAAAACCAAAGCAUCAAAUUAUCCAUGGCUAAAACUUUUUGAAUUUAGCGCAUAAUCAAAGCAACCAUAAAAGGCAGUGUUGCCAACAUUCAGUGAUGGCCAAAGAAGGACUUUACUUCUUUUCCCCCUUUUUGCCACUGAUUUCCAAUAUCUUAACAUUUCUUAAAUCCUUUAGAGAUUCAGAUCUCUUUGUAUUAUCUCUCCCAUCGUGAUCUCACAGGUGUGUGGCAGAAACCAAGAAUAAUGGCUCCCAACUUGUUCUUUAACUGCUUGUAAAAGACCUUUGACUAAAUGGCAAAGCCACUCUUCUUUUUUAUGUGGACAAAUCCAUGUCCACAAAACCUUGAUUUUUGGUAUGAUUACAGUGGAACUCUUCCUUCUUUUUAAACACAUGGUGGACCUAUUCCUUAUCCUGAUAUAUCAUCCAACUUUGUUUCUGUUUUCCCCUCUGGGGAAGAUAAUGUGGUUUACAUUCUUUUAGAAGUCUUGGACACCAAGAAUGUUGAGGUCAGCCCAACUGGGGAAGUGAAGGAAAGAAUGUCAGUUAACCCAGUGGUGAAACCUCAGGAGUGUGCUUUGUAAAGGCCAUUUUCUCCCUGUUUUUCUUUUUACCCCUUUGUAUAUUAACCACAAAUAACCACCAGCCUUUAAAUCAGCUUCACAAGAAGCCACCAACAAAUGUUUAAAGCAUCUCAACAAGGUUUUCAAGGAAGUUCUGAAUAAAAUUGUGUUUGUAUGAUGACCAGUAUAUUAGCUUUCUUUUUUUACCCACUGUUCCCUGUUGAUGCAAAAAUUUACUGAAAUUUCAAAUUUUAAGAAAUCAGGAAAUGUAGCGGAAGCAAUGGUGUUGUUUUUCUAAAGUAACUUAACUUUAAAUGAAACAAAUGAAUGCUUAGUCAGAUAGAAAGAUCAAGGAAUGAGAGACUUCCAUGCCCUCCAAAGUAAUUGGACAUUAGUGUGCUUUAGGGCAACUCUCACUAAGUAUAGAGAAAUAUCUAUUUUUAAAAAUCUAGAAAACAUUUAAAAAUUUCUUUGAAUUUAAGUCCUUAUGCAAUUUGGGAAGAAGGGAAACAAAAGCCCAAUGCAGAAGACUAACAUUGAGGAUGUGGAUUUUGUUCCCAGCAGAUUUUAGUGGCUUUUUUUCUUCAGUAAACACAUGGGGACUUACUCAACAUUAUAUUAAUGAUCUUAUUUGGAUUUGGGAAAAGCACACAAAUAUACUCACAUAUACACACAUAUGUGAAAGUCCUUUCUUUUCCUUUAGGAGAUAUUUUUAAGGCUAUCCAACAAAGAUUGUAAAUAACAUGUAAUUAACUAGCAUAGGAUGGUAUGAGAAAGAAUGAUGCAGGAUUCCGAGUAUUUUUAUAGAGGGAUCUGCUCCUUAGACACCUGGCCUUUCUUUUGAGGCAUAUUUCCAUGUACUAUGUCACUUGUUCUAAAAUUCCUUUGUUAUUCAUGCCUUAGAGAUUUUCAUGAGUUCACAGAUUGUGCCUGGGUGUGUAAGUUAGUGUGAAGAUAGUUAAGUAAAGGAGUAGACAAAGGGAAAGCAAAGUAAUUCACUUGAAAUCCAGAGACCUUUACAAUGCUGAAAAGUAAGUAAAAGCAGAUGUUGCAAAGUUUAGAAAAUCGAGACAUUAUUUUCCUGUUUCCAUUGAAUUUUUUUCUAAACACAUUAUAAAUAAGCUUUGAAGUAAUACAAAGUCCUCUGUUUGUUUUGCUGAUAGCAUCUUUUGUGAAAAACUUUAUCAACGCUUGUUUAAGUUAUAGACUAAAUGAUAUCUCAGUUGGUGAAAGAACUGACUGUAUCUGCUGGCAAAUACAAUGCUACAAUGUUGAAAUUAUUUACAAUGUCUGAGUCACUUAGAUAUCUAUUUGAUUAGAUCUUUGGGGUUUAAUGUUUACCAGCUCAAAUAUUUUAUACUAUGAGAAUUCAAAUAUGGAACCCCAAUAUUUCAUUAUUCACAUAUUUUAAAUUUAAUCUUAUAUUUUAUGAAGACUUGAUGUUCCUCUACAAUGGAGAGAAUUUGGUUUGUUAAUCUUUGGAAUUAUUCUGAAAAGAGUAGCCUACAAAUUUGAAAAUAAAGCUAUCUAUGCUCCUUUCUUCCCUUCCCCCCAUCCUCUAAUGCAGACUCCUAUUAAACUUCUAAAAGUCUUACAAUGUGGUCUCUAGAUAUUAAGGCUAUUUCAAAUGAACAGUCAUUCUUCAGAUUUGCUUCUAAAACUUAAUAUCUAAAAAAGCCCAGGGGAGAGUUGAUUGUCAGAGCAAGGUGUUUGCUAGCUCAGGGAAGCUCUAGGACAGGUGCCCAUCCUCACAUGCUCCCACUGGCCCUCAUCAUUUGGAGUCACUGAAUGUCUUCCAGCUGUUAGAGAAUGUCCCAGGCUCAAAACUGCAUCCCUGCUGAGGAUAUUUUCAGGGUCUAAGCCAAUUCUAGAAAUGAUUGGCUGCUAAAAUAUGGAACGAGGGAAAUCAGUUCCUAUCAACAACAUAAACCAUCAUCUGUCUGUUAUUACAUUCAUUCAGCUGGGUCACAUAUGACUCAAUAAUCAAAUUACCACCCUAUAUAUCUUAAAUCUGCAUGUUCAUUUGACCACCAUGUGGACAUGGGAAAACAGAGAUAAUCUAGCUGUCUUCUCUUUAUUUUAUUUCUUUUAAAUAUGUCUUUUUUAUGCAUCUAUAAGUAAAAUGCUUAUAAAAAUUUGAAAAUUAUAUAAUAUAGAAAGAUGUAUUGUUAUGAAUAGUUUUGUAUGUAUCAAUUACUUCUUAAUCAUUAAUGUGAUUUUCUGUUGUUAAUACUGUACUAAUACAACUGCGGCCUUUUAAAAUUAAUUUCAGUGAAAAAUUAGCUGGAUCUAUCAAAAAAAAUCUUCAAAGGUAGAUAAAAUUUAAGUGAGGAAAAUAAAGCAAUCUUUUUUGUUAUUUAUUUUUCAACUUCUUUCAAGAAGCAUUUGAAACAGCUUACAAUAAAAACUAGGGCAAAGGAAAAAUACAACUAAGAACUAUUUAUAAAGUGUAAAUGAGAAAAAGAAAGGGGAAUAAUUCAGAGAAGAGGGGAAAUGUUAAAAUCAAGGCAUGCUAGUGGUAGAAAGUUAUACCAUUUGAUAUAAAACACUGCACAAAUUUGCAAAGUGGUCUUCCCAGUUCUUACUGGGAGUCAAAAACAAAAACAAAACCAAACAAACACCAAAACCCAAUUCUUUUAAGAAGAAUUUGCAUAGGAAACCUUCAUCUGUUGUCAAAAUGUGUCCUGCCAGGUGCCUGUGCAGUUAACAAUGCCUGCGGCUUUCAGGCAGGGAAAGUGGCCACACAAAUUUGUGUUUCCAGGACCUAGUGUCAUGCUCUCCAGUAGAAGGCCCCAAACAAUAAAUGAUUAAGGCAGUGAGUGAAGGCAUGAGUGACACAGUUCUUAUUAGUAGUUUAUUUAUAAUAUAUACGUAAUUGCUUCAUUGCCCAUUAACUUCAAGGGCAUAAUGUUCAGUUCAUUCACUUUUUAAAAACAUAUUAUUGAGUGCCUAGUGGCACAGUUUUAGGUGUUAUAAAUAUUAAAGUGUGUAAGACAGUUUGUGUCCUCAUAGAGCUUAUAAUCUAGUGGGGCAGAUAAGCAGAAAAAACAGCUAUAAUGUGGAAAAUCAAACAGGCAAAAGUUCAUGGUACUGUGAGAACCCGUAGGAAGAGUAGCUAACGCAAGGAAAUGGGAGAGUUGCGAUCAUUUAGGGGGAAGCAGCUCUGUAGAGUGUGUACAGAGAGACACGUUGUGGCGUGUAGUUUCCUUGUGAUUGAUUUGGCCUAAACUAGGGAUAAUACUUGGGCUCUGACCUGAUCUUUUGACUAUCUGAUGUUUCAGGCAGGAUUUGAACCAUUAGCAGAAUGGUUAGAGGUCUUUUAAUUCUUGAAAAUUGAAGUUACUAGCAAGUAUCUGAGGAAGAAUAUUCUGAGUUUUAGACUGAAGGAAAGAUCCACGCCAAGCAUGAGGUAAUAUAAAUCUGAUGUAUCAAUCUGGUCAUGGCACAUUGGACAUGUGUCAUGGCACAUUGGACAUGGACAGCUGGACAUGGCACAUUGAAAAGGCAAAACUGAAGAGAGAUUAAUGGAAGAAUGAUUGACCAAAUUGUGCAGAUUUAAGGAACCAAUAAGAGAGAGUGCUCAUCCAGGACCAGGCAGCAAUAGGAAAACCAUUAUCAUCCCUGGCAGUAGCUGAAGCAGGAAGCGAAGGCUGCCUUAUAGGAGCUGUGGCCUUAACUAGCGGAAAACAGAAGCCAUGCCUGAUGAGGAGAGAGCUGGGAAAAUAAAUACUCAACCCUCUCUCCUCUUGCCCAUGAAUUCUCGGAGGUACUUCCCAUUGGUUGAACCCAACUGGAAGCCAGAAGGCAAAAGGGAAUAUUACAGUUGAUGCGGUCCUUAAAAAUCAGCCUCCUGGGAAGAAAGCCAGAUAGAAAAGGUGGAGAAGAGUGGAUCUAGAGAGGCAAAUGAAGAAUAUCUAGCAUAGCGUUCCAUCAGUGGAAGGCUGUCCAAUUUCAUUUAAUAAAGGAUGUAAGUUAUGUGUUAUGAAAUAUAGAUAACAUUGGUUUCAAUUCUAGGAAAGAGACAACCUUUAUUGUAGGAAAACACAGGGUUGGUUUUUGUUUUGUUUUGCUUUGUUUGGUUUUUGUCAUAUUUGAGGUGUUUUAUUGUUGGCAGUGCUACAGAAAGUGUUAAAGAUUUAUCCAUUUGUAUUAAGUGGUGUCUAUGAAGUAAUAUUUCUUUCUUCUGUCUUUAUUUUCUAAAAUAAGGUACUGUCUGAUUUGGAUAGAGAUGAACUGGGGAGAUAAGGAGACUGAUUCUAGAAAGACUUAAAGAUGGAUUUCUGGGCCGCUUUCUGGGGAUUUUGUAUCUCCGGUGCACAAGGAGAUUUGUUCUUUGAUCUAGAAGAAAGGAGAUGAGUUGAACACUACAGAUGUGCUCUAAGAAGUCUAAAGAACGGCGGCUGGUGGCUCAGUCGGUUGAGUGUCUGACUUCGGCUCAGGUCAUAAUCUCAUGGUUUGUGAGUUUGAGCCCUGUGUUGGGAUUGUGCUGACAGCUUAGCGCCUGGAGCCUGCUUUGGAUUCUGUGUCUCCUUCUCUCUCUGCCUCUUCCCUCCCUGCUCACACUCUGUCUCUGUCUCACUCAAAAAUAAAUAAAACAUUAAAAAAAUUUUUUUACGUCUAAAGAAAUGAUUAAGUUCUGUGGUCAACCAAAGAGUAAUGGGAUCCCAGGAGUCCACCCUGGGUUAUGCCCAAAUAAAACAGGUCAGCACUUUAUCUUCAACUGAUGCUGAGUGUGUAGGGGCAGAGCAUGUAACCUGGACAUUAAGAGAGGCUGUUGGCUUCAGGAAUGAUGCUGGAAGACAACAUGAAUAGCAAGGACAGGCAGGACCAGGUGAAUCUAGGAAUCAAGCUCUAGAGUGAUAUCUUGUCCCACUAAUGGGUCAAAUAAAUGUAUGUAGUUUUUAUUAUUGUUGUUAUUUUUUGGCAUUUAAAGGUGUUGAAUCUGGUGGUGACUGACACCUACAAAUGCAAGUGUGGGUGAAAGGACUACUUUCUAAGCAGUUUUUUUUAAGCUUGCGAGACAGUUUCCUGAUUUCUUGUUUUAAGUGAUGUUUUCAGAAUUGAUUCUUCUUAUGACUCUUUCUCUUUGGUUUGUAGCCCAGCUUGUCUCCUAUUUCUGACCUGGUGUGGGAGGCUAUUGAUAGUGGUACCAUUUCCAAACUUCUUCACUAAUUUGAAGCUGCCUUUGGACAGCCUGAGAAUAUCUGGGAAGCAGAGCAUGGGGCCUGAAUGAAGAGUGCUCUCUAAAUUUUGGUUUUAUUUGAGAAAAAUGAGAAUGAAAAUACUACAUUUCAAAGAUUUCAAGGUAUAUUUUCACCCACACUCUGACAUCUCUGAAAUCAGAAUGUAUUUUAACAAUUGCUGUAGCCUUACCAAUAACUAGCAGCAUUUUUCUUCUUUAGUGGCACAUUAAAAACAGUGGUGCAUUUGAUGGCCAGUGGCCUCUUAGAGCAGUUAAAAAAUUGAACCUUGAAAUGACAUUUGUAAAUAUAAUUUGGGUAUUUCUCUAUCUCAAGAAAUUAUAACCCAAGAAAGCUGAAAACUAGUUAAUUACCAGUUAACGUAGUGAUAAUUUUGUAAUUAUUGCCAAAUACAGUGAACUAAAAAACAUUCUGAAGCUGCAUUCUGCCUUAGAGUUUUUUCCAUUUACAAAGUCUUUAAUGGAUAGGGAAAUUGAAUAAUGGCUGCAUAUGACCCAGGCAUUUACCUUCUUUCCUAUAAAGUAAUUGAAAAGGAAUUGCCUAUAUAGAGUUUAUACAAGAAGAGGAAUUAGAAAUUGAUAACUUAUAACUGUUUAUUUGAAAAAUAGUAUCUGAUGGACACAUGUUGUCUGGCCAGUGACACUGAUAUAUUCUGAAGUAGGAUUAAUUUAGCAUAUUUUUUAUUUUUAUCAAUACCAUGUAAACAUCUUUGCUUUUACUCUGUACUUGCCAAGAAACCUUCUGAAUUAGCUUUCUGGGGGAUUUAUGCCCUUGAAGAUCUAUUGGAUGUUUUAUAAAUGGGUAAUCACUUUGGAAUGUGGCUUAAUAUGAGCACAACAGACAAAUAUCCUAGCCUCUUUCUUCUUUACUGUUUGUAUGGUCACUGUACUUUAGCUUGUCUUAUAAAAUUAUUUCAGAACUCUACUUUCAUAGAAACUCUUGAUAUUUCAGAGCCUUUUUUUGGAAGAGGCCUUCUCCUGGAAAAACUGAUGUGACAGCUUGUCCAGUGAGGAAGGCAGCCCAGGAUUAAGAGGUGAAUCUGAUAAGGGUAGCUUACCUCUUUCCUCUACACCCUAUCUUUACUGGCAAGCACUGUUUCAACCAAAGCUCUUCUUGAGACCAGUGUAUGUGGUGAUUUCACAAGUAUCUUAAUCAUUUCCAGCCUUGCUUAUAAAUUGUUUUAGAAUAAACACUCUUUGUACCUCAUUAUGCACUACACCAGGAACAUGGUGUGCAGUUCUGGUCAGCAGUCCUCAAUGAAGACAUGAUUAAAGUGAAAGGUUCUAGGGGCAUGGUUGGUUCAGUUGGUUGAGUGUCCGACUCUUGAUUUCAGCUCAAGUCAUGAUCCCAGGGUUAUGGGAUUGAGCCUGCGUCAGGCUCCUCACUGAGCGUGGAGUCUGCUUAAGAUUAUCUCUUUCUCUCUCCCACUGCUCUUCUCCCCGACUUGCACUCUCUAGAUGGAUAGAUAGAUAGAUAGAUAGAUAGACAGACAGACAGAUAAAGUGAGAGGGUCCAGAGAAAGUUAGCUAAUAUGGGCAAAAGAAUAUAUUUCUACAUUGAUUCAUUGACUUAAAUUGAUGUAUUCAGUAAUUAAAUAUUUUUAUGAGUGUAGCAUAAAGAGAAAAGGGCUCUAAUUAUAAAGGAAGGAGGCUGUAAAAGGAGAUAUAGUUAACAUCUAUAAAACUGUGAAAGCUAUGCUCUCUUAUUUAUUGAAUCCUGGUAUACUAGAACUCACAGCAUUCUCAGAAGCUUAAAAGAGGUCUACAAUGAAUAGAAACUUGUGGAAUGCAUUAUCCAGGAUGUGGUGCAGAUUGAAAAUAUAAAUAGAUAUAUUAAAAGUUUACAUAAGUUCACCAGUAAUGGGUUAGGGAAAUGAUAACAUUUUGGGGCAUGUUCACAACUCUUGAAGGAGAUCAGACAUACUCUUCCAUCAAAUGUGCCUCGGUAUGCCCAUCAAAGAAGGAUUAUUAUGGUGAAUGGGUCGUGAGCAGAAUAUAUAUUGGAGUCUGGUUAGGCAGAUAAGACAGGCACCAAAAUGUGGAAAAAACUGGACUCGCCAAAUUGUCCAAGUUCAAAGCCAUGUAAAUAAAAUAACUGCCUGUGAAUUCCUGGGGCAUUGGUGAUGGGAUGCUUCUUAAAGAGUGUACUUUGUAUUUGAAGCAUCUGAUCUUUGUUAUCAGAGGAGCAAACAAUAAGGUGCAUAUGUUGGACACAAUCAGAAUUAGGGGUCAUGUAACCUUUCUGUUUCAUAGACCACCAUGUUGCUUGUGUCAAAUUGUUUUUGUGCAGAGAACCAUGGUUUUGUCUGCAAUUAAUGCAUAAUAAAUGAGACCCAGCCAGAUAUAUAUAAAAAAAGAAAUAAAAGUUUCCUUUAAGCUAUAUCCUUUUAAAAUGUUCCUGGAAGAGGGCCUCUAUUCUUUUAUUUAAAACAAAACUGGAAAUGUGGUAGAAAUAUUUUUGUAGUAAUUUUUUUUUUACAAAUAAGUUUUAUUGGCAUUCUUUGUUGUCUCUCCCAGUAUGAAUUAGUUCCUUACAUGAUUUACUUCUGUUUUCAACGAAGAAGGCUGAAACUAAUUUAAAUUAAAAUAGCCUGCAGUUCUAUUAGGAUGCAUGUGGUACUGUUUCUCACCUUCUAUCUUCACUGAUGAUAAUAAUAUAUUUUUUCUUUCACAAAUUUUCUGGCAUGUUUUAAAAGGACAUCUCCACAUGUGUUCAUAAGCACAUAUUUGUACACACACGAGGGACAGACACACUCACAAAUUGUGAGGGCAUAAUCUAUUAUUGCCACAGAUUCUCUAUAAUCCAUCGCAACCAAGUAAUGCUCUCAGCAUUUUAUGUAAUGAGGUGGUGGAUACAGAUGGGUGCUCUUGAAAACCAUGUCCCUGAUUCUGAAAAAGAAUCAACUAAUAUGAUUGUAUUUUUAAGUAUCAUAAGUAGUAAUAAGAGAUGUACCUUAAGGUUUUUUUUUGUUUUUUGUUUUUUUAAAGAAGACUUGAAUUGUUGUAUUUAGUUCCUAAUGGUUUGGAAGUCUCAAGAAUUAUAAGAAAAUGUAAGAUCAUGCUUCCAGAUCUUUUUCUGCCAUAAAAUUUCUUCAUGGCCUUCUUAUGUCUUUUAUUCUUAGGUCUUUUACAUGGGAUGUACAUUUUAGGUGUCAAUAAAAAGUCAAUGCCUAUGCAAUACAUUUUUUCAAUUGAGGACCACCUUUUUGUAACUAAACAGGCAAAUAAAUUACACUGAAUAUUAACAUCUGGAAGCAUUUUUUCCAGGCAAGUUACUAAAUUGGUUUAAAUCAAUUAACACAAUUAAGUUACAUUUAAAUUUUGAUACUAAAUGAUUUCAGUAUAGCUAUAUGAUGCAGUUAUACAAAAUGUAUUAAUAUGAAAGAAUGCUCUCAAAACUGAGAGAGCAGAAUAUACAGUUGACCUUUGAACAACACAGGUUUGAGCUACUCAGAUCCACUUAUGUCUGAAUUUUUUUGAUAAAUAUAGUACAGUACUGUAAAUGUAUUUUCUCUUCUUUAUGAUUUUCUUAAUAACAUUUUCUUUUUCCUAGCUUACUUUACUGUAAGAACAUAGUACAGGGGUACCUGGGUGGCUCAGUUGGUUGAGUGACUCUUGAUUUCGGCUCAGAUCAUGAUCUCACGGUUUUGGGAGUUCGAGCCCUGCAUCAAGCUCUGUGCUAGCAGCUCGGAUCUGCUUGGGAUUCUCUCUCUCUCUCUCUCUCUCUCUCUCUCUCUCUCUCUCUCUCUUUCUUCCUCUUCCUCUGCCCCUCCCCAACUUGCACUAUCUCUGUCCCUGUCAAAAUAAAUAAAUAAACUUAAGAGAGAAAAUAGUACAUAAUACAUAUACAAAAUAUCUGCUAAUUGACUGUUCAUGUUAUUGGUGAGGUUUUCCAAUCAACAGUGGGCUAUUAGUAGUUAAGAUUUGAGAAAUAAAAAGUUAUACAUGGAUUUUUGACUGUAUGCGAGGGUUGACACUUCUAUUCCUUGUGUUGUUCAAGGCUCAACUCUAUAACACUUUCUAAAACAUUCAUUUAAUGAAAAUCUACUGCAAGUAAAUCAUACCUUAAUUUCUUAUAGUGCUUUUUUAGUUUAAGAAACACUUUACUACACAUUAUUUCAUUUGGCCCACAGAGAACUCUGUGAAUUAUCUCUCCUACAUUAUAAACAAAGAAAGCACUUUCAAAGAAAGCAUGACCAAAAAAAUGUCUCCC